AAACGAGCGUUUGCAACCUGUUGAUGUUUUUUUCAGCUGUUUUGUAAACAAUAAAUUUUUCUGAACUCCGCAUUUAUCGAGCAACGAAAAAUCUAAAAUGCCGGAAGAAUUCAUCCGUUUGAACCGUGAAAUCUACGAUCCCACCAACCCGCUGGUAUAUCUCGACGUUAAAAUCGGCGAGGAACGAGUCGGAAGACUACUUAUAGAGCUGCGAGCUGAUGUCGUUCCGCGGACGGCGGAAAACUUCCGGGCCCUGUGCACCGGAGAGCGGGGCCAUUCGACCACGACCGGGGCCCGGUUGCACUAUCGGGGCAGCAAGUUCCACAAGGUUAAAUCGCUGUUUAUGUCCCAGGGAGGGGACAUCGUUAACUAUAACGGCUCCGGCGGGGAAAGCAUCUAUGGGCGAUUCUUCGAGGAUGAGAAUUUUUCCCUUUUGCAUGAAGAUGGAGCAGUAAGCAUGGCCAAUUUGGGUAGACCAAACACAAAUCAGUCUCAGUUUUUCAUUACCUCCGGGGAGUGUCCCCAUCUGAACGGUACCAAUGUGGUCGUCGGUUACGUUAUUCGCGGAAUCGGAGUUAUCGGAGAAAUGGAACGUUUUGCUAGCGAAGAGGGCGAGCCAACUAGGGAGAUUGUGAUUGCAGACUGCGGCCAGUUGAUGCCCGGACAAGAUUGGGGUUUGAACGAUAACGAUGGGACUGGAGAUUGUUUACCGUUAUUUCCGAAGGACUGGGAGAAAUUUGAGGCGGACUUUGAUGUAACGGAAAUGCUCUCUCGCUUGGAAAUGAUUAAAGCGGCAGGAAAUCAAUACUUCGCUCAACGGAAUUGGGUCGAAGCCUGCCGACGGUAUCGAAAAGCCGAACGAUACUUUAACUUUUUUAACAACAAAAUUCGUCGCUAUGAAGAUCGCACUCUUCUGGAGCAGUUUCAGCUGACCAAUUGCCUGAAUCAGGCGGCCGUUUUUCUCAAGUUGAACGACUCCACGGCUGUGCUUUUUGCCUGCAACGCUGCCUUGGCCCUGUAUCCGGAUAAUGUGAAGGCAUUGUUUCGACGCGGUCAGGCCCACAAUCGUCUGCAGAACUACGAGCUGGCCAUUGACGAUUUACGUCGGGUCCAAGCAAAGGCUCCAACCGAUAGGCUCGUCCAAGCUGAGCUCGACAAAGCCAAGACCGAUCUAGGUUGUUACCGGGCUCAGCAGCGGAUUGCUCUCACUAAUUUGUUCAAAUAAUUCCUCCGUGACCCGUGAUUUAUUCAACUUUUUCCCCAAAGUAUAAGUAAUUAGACAUAUUAUGUCUAAAUGUGUUGUGCAGUCAUUGUUUAAGCUAAAUUUAUUCUAUGGAAAUAUAUUCAUAUUGCAGAUCUA